CAGGAAGCGCCCGUUUCUAUGGAAACCAGGUAGCACAAACUUUCUCUUCCCUCUGGUUGGCGAUUUUAAAAAAUGAACAAAGAUCAUUCCAAAUAUCACAUGGCACGCCUGCGCAUUGAACUGGAGCAAGAACGAGAAAUGAAAGGCAUGCUGGAAGAGUCGGUACGGGACCUGCGGUGCACCACGAGGGAACUUCAAGACAGACUUCACGGUGUCGACGGGGAAGACCGGCUGACCUCUAUCCGAUCCUACGAUAACAUGCCACCCGAAUCGCUACGGCAUCGCCUCAAGUUGCUCACCGAUGAGAAGUCAGGCCUGCAGAGUCAACUGGCUGACUGUCGCGUUAGCAUUGAACUAGAGUCAAAGGUUAGUGGGACCGAGUUGAUGCAUUCCAUCCAACUGCUUAGUACAAUCUCUGCAAGUUUUUUUUGGGGGGGGGGCGGCAAUCAGGCAUUCCAUAAAACUAACGAUGAGAGGCGAGCGUACCUCUCGGAAAUUGCCAAGGUAAGCGACCUCCUCCGCCCGCAUGUUGUUGACAACCAAGCUGCCGUGUGGAAUAUGUUCUUCUGCAGUUGUCCUCCACUGUUGACGACCAGUGGAGGCAGUACUCCAAGCAGCCACAGAGGGCCCCGGAGAGCAAGCUCAGUGACGUGCCUGAGGAGGAGGAGAAGGAGGGGAACGUGCAGCUGCUACUUAGUUGGGGGACAAUCGUCCAUACUGGAGGUGACGGAGGACCUCGGCUCUUGUGUCGACAGUAGUGCAGCGACGGUGGCGGCGCCGCCGGGCCACGUUAUGGACAUGGAGCACUUUGACGAGCGCACUCAGCGGGCUGGCGUGGGAUCCGCUGCCGGGACGGACGCCCGCCUCAAUGGGGUGGUCCACAGCCCCGCGCACAGCGCGCACUGCAGCUUGCUGCUGCAGCGCGCACCGCGCAGCCUUCAGGCCCUGAGUGCUGAAAAGCGCGCUAAGAAGGUGCGCUUCUUCCGGAACGGCGACCGCUUCUUCCACGGCAUCGUGUACGCAGUGUCGUCCGACCGCUUUCGCACUUUUGAGGCGCUGCUGGCCGACUUGACGCGCGCCCUCUCGGACAAUGUCAACCUGCCGCAGGGCGUGCGUGCCAUCUACACGCUGGACGGAUCAGGGCGCAUGGGCAGCCUCGAGCAACUGGUGGAAGGCGAAAGCUACGUCUGCAGCUCCAUGGAAGCUUACAAAAAAGUGAACUACAGCAAAAACAUCAACCCCAACUGGUCGGUGAACGUCAAGGGCUCGGGUGUGGCCCGGACCCGCAGCAGGCCGCCCGAGAGCCGCGAAAACAAGGACUUUGUUCGCCCCAAGCUGGUGACGGUGGUGCGUGGCGGCGGCAUGAAACCCCGCAAGGGUGUCAGGGUCCUGCUCAACAAGAAGACGGCACACUCGUACGAGCAAGUGCUCAGUGACAUCACCGACGCCGUCAAACUGGACUCCGGAGUGGUCAAGAAGAUCUACACGCUGGAGGGGAAGCUGGUGAGUCAAACGGCAACGAGGCAAAAGGCCGUGCAUGUGCGGGACGGGCUCUGAGGCGUGUUCUUUAUCUUCUGCCAAGAACCAAAGAUACUGCCAGGGAAUUGUGAAGGAAAUGUUUCAGAACUCCGUGAGCGGUCGCUUAAAUGUGUUGAAAUUCAUUCAUUUGUGCAUCCAUCGCUUUUGUGAAUGGAGAGUGUGUGUCUCCACCGCCCCAUCAGCAUUGUUGUGAACCCCCAGGCCGCACAAGUCUGAGUCACACGCCUUUCGAGGUUUACCCACCUUCAUUCGCGUCAAUGUCUAGAAAAAUAGCGCAAACAGUGCUUUGUCGGGUUCGGACUGGUUCCGAUGGUCUGCCUGAUAGGUCUCGCGCCAUCUGUCGCUUUGGUGGGUACUUGUUCAUUUGCCUUCAUCUGGACGCUUGUUGUUUGCUUUGCUGACAAAUCAGACUCUAUUCUAGCAAACGUUGUCCAAUACAACGUGAUUCUCUUUCAUGUGUGGCUCUCGCGAUCUCCAAGAUCUCCAAUAUCUCCAAUAUCAAAGAUGCAGUGUCGUGUUUCUAUGCAUAUAUCUGAGGACGGGACCUCAGGUUUGUCUCUUGUUCUGUGUCGCCGACGGGCGUUAUCGCAUCCAGUCUGACCUCUCGCAAUCCAUUUAACGAUCGUCCACGAUUAACACGGCGGGGUGUCGCUCCAGAUUCCUGAUCAGAUCUGCGCUUCUGAAAAAUAACAAAAAAUCUCUCUGAGAAUCCUCCUACACAAAAUCUAAAGUCGUCUGCUGGCUCUGCCGUUGCCACAGGUUACAGUUGUCUGGGAGUUAGCACAACAAACCCCCCUCCUCUCUUGGUGUGAGUCAGGCUGUUUCAGCCUGACUAUUUUUAGCCGCUCGGCACGCCAACGCCGAACCGGUCGUGCACUGCCCUCCCCCCCCACCACAAAUUUAGAGCAUAAAGGUCACGAAAGGACAAAUAGGAGAUUAUUUUCAAACUCGGUGAAAUGUGUGUAAUCCAUGCCAUAAUCACGGCUAAAAUCGCCUGGCUUGUGGCAAAGACAAAAAAAAAGCGGUCUAGUUUGCUACUUCUACCGCAUGUCAUCAGUCAGACGUUUGACCGAUCGAUGACACCUUAUUGAACAUCAACCGCGUGUCAGGAGAGUUACCGGCAUUGGGUUACGUCCCGGGCGCGUGCGUGUCAUAAGUAGGUUUUGAGGUCGGCGGUCAUGACGCGACAUGCCGGAAGAACCGACGAGUCCGAAGAGAGAACGAGAGAUGACGUUCCAAUACCAAAGCGGCUCGCUCAUCUCUUUGCCUUCAUUAACAUUUUUAAUGAGGACAUACAAGUGCACACACGCAUGCGCAGUCAUUCUUGCACGGCUACACUGGCGGUAAACAAGCCUACCAAAUGUCCUCUGCUUUAAGCAUCUUCCAAAUAUUCUAUUGCCCAGUCAAAUUGUUGUUGACCCUCAAAAUCACUUCAACAUGGCUGACUCAUGCAUUUGUUUAAACAUAUUUCUCAUCUAGAACCCGAUAGAUACCCUCCACACCCAGGUUUCGCUCACCAGCACCCCCCUGAGGCUCCGGUGUCCCAUUUUUGUGUGUAACCCGAGCAAGAUCUGGUAGCUCUUCUUCCUCGGCUACCUCGUGCCACAGUUGCCGUGCAACGACCGUUGAGUUUUACUGUACUGCCAUGCUUGCGUCUGUGUGUGUGUCAGGCUGGUUGUGAUCAAGAGGUUGGAGAAACUCUAAGUAGCUUAGAAAGAAAGCCCAGCCACGGCUCCUUUCUUAAUACUGUGCUAAGCUGUUUGCGCAGAACGAUGCGAGGCCUCAGUGGUCGGCCUUGACUGGCACAGCAGUCCAGCUCUGCCCAAUCGUCACACUCUAAAUGGCUACGAAGGCCACGUCGGUUCCAGGCCCUCACUCCCAUGUCCAGACUUGCUUUGUCACUUUGUAGCUUGUUGUAAGGCAGCAACAUCAUUUUUGACAUCAACAAACAGUGAGAGAAAAAGAAACGAAAAAAAAAACGCCGCUCCACUCCAGACUCUUCAUUACGACUGUCGCUUCCUAGCUAGUGCUCGCCCCUCAACCGUCUUUCAAUUUCCUCUUUGAAAGUCCCCUUUUGCGCUUGGAUUUGAUUUGAGUCUGCUACACAAAGUCUGCUCGUUUUUUUGUUGUCAUUUGAUUGGCACCGAGGCACUUGAUGAAAUGCUAAGAUAACACCAGAAGAAAACCAUCUAAAUUGUAAAGGUCAAAAAGGACCAAUUGCAGGGCUUCUAUUUGAAGCCUGAUUCAGCACCGCGGCCAGAACAGCUCAGCGAGGAAGUUGCGAGCGCGCGCUGAGACUGCGCCUGGUGGCUCGCUGCUGUCCGACACCGCCACCUGGUGGGUUCGUGGUGCCAAGCCAGUUAAGGACAAAAGUAUUGGGACGCCAGCGAAUGGGUUUCUUGAGCAAAAUCUUUCAAACCGUUCUCCGUGUGAUGCUUUUCCUUUGAACUUUUCAAAAUCCCGUCGCACUGCAGCUUUUUUUCUUACCAACCAUUAUUUCACACAACUACGCCGGCACAUAGUCCCGUUUCGAAUUAUAUUUGUGUGAAGGCGAAGGCCUUCACACAUAUGUUAUUCUACACCAUUCUCUAUUAUUAUUAUUGUGUGAAGGCGAUGGCCUUCACACAUAUGUUAUUCUACUCCAUUUACUUUAUUAUUGUGUGAAGGCGAAGGCCUUCACACAUAUGUUAUUCUACACCAUUCUCUAUUAUUGUGUGAAGGCGAAGGCCUUCACACAUAUGUUAUUCUACACC